UUGUCUUUUGUGUACAGAGCUAUAGCCAGUAUUGAAAUAUUAAACGUUAAACCUCCAAGUUUCCAUUUAAAUUGUAUCAUUUAACUCUGCCUUUUUUUUAUACCCCUCCUUUUUUUUUCAAGAAUUCGGGUUGUCAAGAGUUCAUGAUGAAGAACUGGUUUUUGCCUCUCUUACUUGUCUCUGUUCUGUUUAUGAACAGCUCAGAAGUGCAGGGAAGAAAAUGGAAAGGUGAAGGUACAACACAAAACCUGGAAAGUAUUGUCAUUGGAAGAUGCUAUGAUUAUAUUAGAAUUGUGAAUCCUGCUGUUGGCGAGAAGAAUUGUUCAGAGUUAUGGGAAGCGUUUAAAAAUGCGUUUAUUAACAAGGAUCCUUGCAGCAUUCUACCUAACGACUAUGAAUUAUUUAUCAAUCUGUCAUUGCACACAAUUCCACCUAACAAGUCUCUCUUCUGGGAAAAUAAUCACCUGCUAGUCAAUAGCUUUGCUGACAGAGGCCGUCGCUACAUGUCCCUGGCUGAUACUCUGUUUGGCUCCUUUGGAGAUUUUCUAAACUGGUGUGGACAGGCAGACAGCACUGGACUGGACUAUGAAUCCUGCCCUACCACAGAGGAAUGUGAAAACAACGCAGUGGAAUCUUUCUGGAGGAUGGCCUCAGCCACUUAUGCACAGCACAGUUCUGGGGUGAUACACGUCUUGCUGAAUGGUUCUGCAGCCGGAGGAGCUUAUCCAGACCCAGGUUUCUUUGCAGAUUAUGAAAUACCUAAUCUCCAGAAAGACAAAAUAACACAAAUUGUCAUCUGGGUUGUAGAUGAUAUUGAAGGACCAGACAUAGAAUCCUGUGGAACUCAUACUGUAAAGAUAUUAGAAGACAGGCUGAAAACCCUUGGUUAUGAUGUCACCUGUGCUGACAAUUACAAGUCUGUAAUGUUCUUACUCUGCCUGGAUUAUCCUGAUGACUCUAAGUGUACCCUUUCAUCAUCUGCACCAGCAGCACAAAGAGGACCUGUAUCUUCAGACAGAGAAGGCAGCUGGAACAAGCUCAUGUUUGUUUCUUUUGCAGGCUUUUUGUUCAGAUCUGCUUUAGUGUACUAA